AUGCCAUUAUGUAGAGCGCCGUUACUUCAAGCAAUGGAACGCAACAAUCCUCGUAUAUUCAGGAUGCUCCUGGAGGCUGGUGCAAGAAUCACAUUUGUUGGGGACAUGAGGAAUAUUUUUCAAUGUUUACCGAGUGUUCUAGCACGAUAUAUGAUUGAUGAACUAUCUUCAUUUAAGCUUGUUGAAUUCAUAGAAAUAUUAGUAGACUGUUAUGAGGAUAUCGUGAAUGAGCCAAUGCAGGUUGGCAAUCAGGUUUAUUACCUCCUUCAUCAUGUAGCCUUUUAUGAUAAUUUCAAGUUGGCUGAACUUUUACUCCAGAAUGGCGCUAUUGUUGAUGUUGUCACCUAUGUUGGUGAUUGUACUCCGUUACAUCUGGCGGUACUCCUGAACCAUACAGAAAUGACACGGUUAUUGCUAAAACAUGGUGCCGAUCCCAAUGCAUUAUGGGAUGGGGAUGUGGAUAUGGAAAGGGUCCUACUAAGUGAUCACGAUUUAAUGGACUGUGAUAUAAGCAGGAUGAAAGCUGUGCAGAAAACACGAUACAAUCGUGAGAUCUUUUCUGAAAUGUUAAACAUUUUGUCUGCAUGUGGGUUCAAGCAUUGCCUUUUAAGUUAUGAUUUUCCCUAUGGAUGGUUUUCACCAGGCAAGGAUGACCUAGUUUUAAGCGUUGUUAAUGAGCAGACUAAUCGUGCAGAUGACCCUCCGAUUUAUGAGAAGUUUAACCAACAGUCAUUUGCCAAACUGGACCUUGUACAUUAUGCAGCUGUGCAGCUCAGGAAACAGUUAUUGGUGGCCUCAAAUGGAAGAUCAAUUAUUCCUAGAGUGGAGAGCUUAGUGGAACAAGGACUUUUGCCACAACUUUUAGUUGCACGUUUACUAUUGCAAUGGAAGUAAUAAUGCUUGGAUAGACUCUUAAUUACAUUCAUUGGUGUAUAAUUUUCAGAAAUAUAUUUACUCAGAUGUAUUUUCAACUAAAAUUGUGAAAAUGAAGUGCCUUGCCAGGACUAAAUUUUUCAAAAAAUACAAUUUUUAGUUAAUUUUCUUAAUGUGAACAAUACCCCAGGAGGUUGCCUAUUUUCUAAUAAAAUAUAUCAGAAGGUAACAGCCAUACUUUCUCUUUCAAAAUGGGGGAUGGUAUAAUAUAUAGUUGAAUCAUGACAUCCACACAUAAAAAAUAACAUUCCAUAUCAUACAUGCUUGAUAUGGUUGAAAUUUUAAAGCAGAAUGACCAUUCAAAGU